AUGCUACUUAUUCAAAGAGAAGAUAAUAGAGAAUCUACACAAAUCCGUCGAUCAAACAGGAGCUCCUACUCUGUGAAGAGACCCUCAUCAUCUACAACGUCCGUCAAGUCGAAAUCGUUGAAUGAUCGAUCAUUCGAUCCGUACCCCUCCUCGCCUCGAAGUCCUCCACCAAACCAAAGUCUGGCUCAAUUGGGAGCCACUACGAAUAGUCCGGACGCCACGAGAGAAUUCAAUCGAAAAUUCAAGAACUCAUCGGAGACCGACACGAAUAGUACGGUAGCGUCGGAAGUAUUCGGUCUGUUGGAAAUGAUUGAGGAGAUUCAACCGAAAGCGAAUCGAAUGUAUCGGGAAUACGAUGAAUUGAGUAGUUUGGUGAAUCUGUUGGCGCAGUGGCAUACGUUGAUCAAGAUGAACAAGAAAGUCUCCCAAUCCACCAAAAAGCAAUCAAUCCACUCCAUCAACUCCCUGCCACGUAACCAUCCGAUGACGUCAUCAACAGCUUCAGAUGAAUUGGAUGAUACUGUUCUGAUUACGAAUGAGAUACACUCCGAAAACGACAGUGGAAUCGACUCGCUCCGUCAGAAUUGUUCUCCAUACGUACUCGAUGGAUACAAUAAAAAUGGAUCGAAAGGAAGUCGAGAGGGUGCGAGAUUCAGACAACUGAAAGAGCGUCGGAAAUCACUUGGAGCCCUUAUGGACUCUGCUGAAAUCGAGAAGUUGUACUUGGAAAGUGAUUAUUUCUGGCAGACGGCUUGUAAUGAUAGCAAUGAUAAUCAUACGAUAACUGGAAGUUCGGAGAUUGACACGUGUCUACAGUAUCAUCUGAAUCGAAUUUUGAAGUGUUUAGAGAGUCUCGAGAGUAUCGAGACGGACUGUCCAUUAGUCUACAAAACAUCGGAAAUGUUGAAACGAUUGGAAGUGGAAACAGUGACACUUGAUGAUCUACUUCGAAUUGCCAAAAGUGCUCCAGCUCUUCCGAAUAUUUCGAAUGUUCUAACUGAGAUUGAAGCGUGUCCAGAAGUACAAGAGAUAUGGUUAUCCACGUGUUAUCCAUUGAAUUCUUCAUUGAUUGUGCCGAAGGAUAAGCUGAAGACACAGAUUAAACUGCAAAUUGCUCAUAUCACCGAGCAGAUUUAUCCACAUCUUGUUAGUCGAGUGGCCGAAUCGAUCAUCCGUCUCCUCAACGACAACGUUCAAAAAGAGACGUCAAACGUGACAGUAUUCCAUUUCGUUGGAAUAUUCAAAGGACGACAUUUCGAGCCAUACAUUGAGAAUAUGGGACAUGACGCGUGGAUGGUCACUCUCUUGGAUACUGAACAAAUUCAAAAAGUGGCACAAGUUGUCGAUCGACUAUCCAAUGUUCCAGUUGUGCCACCACUGGAAUCACUCAAACAUUUGGGAGUUCUUCUUGCGAGAGGCGACUUUAGGUUUUCGAUGAUUGUUGAACAAUACCUCCGUCAAGCCAGUGGCCAUUUACUAUCCGAUCUACUCUCCUCAUAUCUCUGUCUUCUUGAAGAUGACACUACGGAUCACAGCACCCUGCACGGGGAACGCGCAAACAAAAAAACGAAAAUUAGCCGUAGGGCACGUUCGCAUUGUCUACAGUAA